AUGGCGUCCACCACGCAAGCCAGAGUCGAAGCCCCAGUGUCAGCUUCGGAGAUUCUGGACAUCAAGCCACCCUCUGCAGUCAUGGAAGCCGUUGAAGACAUCGUCUAUGGAUCGGUCGCUGGCAUCGUCGGCAAGUACAUCGAGUAUCCCUUCGACACGGUGAAAGUCCGUCUCCAGUCCCAGCCCGACCACCUCCCCCUGCGAUACACGGGUCCUCUAGACUGCUUCAAGCAGUCGAUCAAGGCAGAUGGGGUCUUGGGGCUGUACCGCGGCAUAUCGGCGCCGCUCUUCGGGGCGGCGCUCGAGACCAGCAGCCUCUUUUUCUUUGAGCGCAUCGGGCGCGAGACGGUCUACGGCUCUGGACUUGUGCCGAGAGACCAGCACUUGCCCCUCUCGGCGCUCUGGUUCACGGGCGCAUUCUCUGGAGUGUUUACGUCGUUCAUCCUCACCCCGAUCGAGUUGGUGAAGUGCAAGAUCCAGGUGCCGGAGACAGAGGCCGGCGUAGUGAAGGCGCCGUUGAGGCCUAUCCCGGUGAUCCGCGAUAUCUGGCGCCACCAGGGUCUUUGGGGUUUCUGGCAUGGCCAGAUGGGCACGCUGAUCCGUGAGGCGGGCGGCUGCGCUGCGUGGUUCGGCAGCAAGGAGACGAGCUCGACGCUGUUUCGAGAAGUCAACAUCCGCAAUGCCAAGACCCCUGCCCAGGUAGAGAAGGCGACGCACGGCGAUCUCCCGCUGUGGCAGCAGGCUAUGGCGGGCGCCUCUGCCGGCAUGUCGUACAACUUCCUCUUCUUCCCCGCCGACACCGUCAAGUCGCGGAUGCAGACGACGCCGAUCGGCGACUCGUCUCUCAACCGAACAUUUUUGAGCGAGGCGCGGGCUCUUUGGAAGCAGGCCGGGCUGAAGGGCUUCUACCGCGGAUGCGGGAUCACGGUCAUGCGCUCAGCACCCAGCUCCGCGUUCAUUUUCAUGGUGUAUGACGGCCUGAAGAAGUACGUUCCUCUGUCAUGA